AUGGCUUCUGGAUCUGCAGUGCCCACUUUGUUUCCGCACACUUUGAAUGACUAUGGUGCCUUUAAACGUCUACUUCUGUCCGGCGACGUCGAGCAAAAUCCGGGACCCCCAAAGUCGGACACGCAAGCAAAGCAGCUUGAUACAAUUUUACAGGUGCUACAAGAACUUAACUCUCGUUCUGCAGUCCUUGAGACACGUUCAGCGUCACUUGAAAAAGGACAGACAGACCUUCUUGUGGCUGUUAAAUCAGUACAAGAUACACAAAACGAUAUUAUAGAAAAGAUUUCUAAUAUCAGCACACGACUCGAAAUUGUCGAAUCGAAAGCUUCUGAAGUCGACACCCUAAAGUCAGAAAUAAAAAGACUCAGAGCCGAAAAUGAAUUAAUUCGCGCAAGCUUAACUGAUCAGGAGGACAGAUCAAGGCGAAACAAUUUAAUCUUUCAUGGCAUCACAGACGUCGACGGUGAGAGAUGGGAGGAAUCCGAGAAGAAAGUUCUAGGCGCCAUUGAUGACAUGUUCGGGUUAAAGAUAGGAAGCGACACUAUAGAACGUGCACAUAGAAUAGGCUCCUAUAGAAAUAGCGGGAAUCGCCCUAUAAUUGUGAAGUUCACAUCUUUUAAGACACGUGAUCUUAUACUCCAAACGAAACCUAAAUCUAGCGUAAAUGCUGUGUCAGUUGCUCCCGAUUUCUCACUGUCUACGCGUAUUGCUCGGAAGAAAUUAAUUGAAUACGGGAAGGCUUUGGAUACACCAUUCAAAGUUCGCUAUAAUAAGCUUUAUGUUAAGGACAAGUGUUUCGUUUACGAUCCACCUACUGAUAGUGUUAGGGAAUUUCAAACAAGACAUACAGGUGGAUUUGGAGCCUCAAACACUCCUGCAGCGCAGAAUGAUUGUCCCGAUAAUAAUGCUCAAUCAUGUCCUGUCUUUGACAAUCCCUCUCACGAUCAACCAUAG